GGCCUUAUGUGGAUACUGACACUAGGUGGGGUUUUCCUGGCAGUUGCCCAGGCCUGUAUUUUUUGCCAUAGCCCAAAGCGAAACUUAUCUGGUCGCGUGGCUCAUAUCUGCAACCAUUUUAAGGUCCAGUGGAAGGAUUGUAAGGAUUCCUGGAAGUUCUCAACCUUUGCCUUAGAUGAGCUGUCCAUGAAAACAAUCACAGAGAAGACUCACAGAGUCCUGAAGGUCAUGGAGAUCAAGAGAUCGUUCUCCUCAUUCUCUUCAUAUUGGCGAUGGCUUCAAAAGACCAAGUUCCCCGAAUACAACAGGCUCUAUGUGCUCCUGCUUGCCGUGAGUAGAAAAGGAAAGGGCCCAUUCCUGCUGUUUCCUGCAGGGGGCAGCACCGUCCUGUACAACUGUUCCACCUGCGAGAGCUUUGAGGUGCUCUGUUGGGCCACAAGGCGCUGCUUUCCAGGAAGUCACGAUGUCGCGGAAGCCAAGAUUCUGCUGUUCUCUAUCUUCACAGCGGCUCUGCUCCUGGGUUUUAUGACCUUACUGUGGGAUGUAUAUCACAAGCAAUCAGAGACGGGCCUGGAGUAG